AUCUGUAUUUUUUUAUGCAGGCAUUCCCACCAUUUUAUUUCCACUUGUAUAUUCGAUAAAUAAAUAUUUGUGCUUCUGUUUGUGCGCGUGCAAUUGCUGUGUGAGUGUGUGCGGGUGUGUCUGUGCCAAUAAAUACAUCAGCUCGCAAAAAAAUAAAAUAAUAAUAAAUCCGAGUCUCAACAUGGCCCUCAUGGGGCUAUCACUGUCCUGGGUCCUCUUAUUGCUGGCAUCCAGCAUCUCAGCAUGUCCCCAGAACCUGGGUUCCUGCAGGUGCAACCCAUCCCCGAUCCCCCGAAUGAAACCCGUGCUGGACUGCUCCGAAGUCUCAGACCACAACGACUUUCUCAAAAUCGAGGGCCUGCAUUCUGCGCAACCCGGGGGACGACCCGUGUUUUCGCAAAUCGUCAUUCGACGAUCGGAAAUCCAGGAAAUCCCGCCUGGGGCAUUUGGCAUUGCCGAGGCUGACGAAUACAUCAUAGAGAACAACCCGCAGUUGGAGAAGAUCGAGAGGGCCGGGCUCGGGUUCCACGCGAACCCCAAGGUCAUCUCCAUCAAGAAUAACCCCCUGCUGGAGGUCAUCCAGUUUGAGGGGUACUCCAGUUUGCGAGAUUUGGAAGUCCUGCGGUUGAACGACAACCGUCUUCAAGAAGUGGCCGAUUUCGCAUUCGACGGCAUGAGCCCGAAAUUGCGAGAAAUCAACCUGGAAAGAAACGUCAUUCUGGACAUCGGGUCCUUCCCGUUCCGCAAUCUGCCGGGACUGAAAACCCUGCUGCUGGCCGAGAACCAGAUCGGGGACUUGGGCACCAGCUCCUUGUUCUUCUCGGCGCCCCCGGACCUCGUCGACUUGUCCCGGAACCGCAUCGUCACUGUCGACAACGACGCCUUUUCCGACGCCACUUCCCGGGGUGCUAAUGGAGCUUAUGCCAAACACAUCAACCUGAGCAACAACAGGAUUAGGCCACCAGCAGCAUCAUCAGUAGCAGACCCUGUCCAACCCCCAGCACAAGAAAGAGGCAUUCAAACAGAAAACUUGUUGCUGAAGAUCCUAGAACGUCUCCAGGCCCUGACUCUGCCUGCUCAAUCAGCCUCAGCCCCCAGCAUUGGUGUCACAGCAGCUGCCUUGAACCCUGAGAACCCAUUGCACAGGAUCCUGCGCAAAAGGGCCAUUGGCCCUCUGACAACAAUUGCAGAAGCAGCCAAGGGCAACGAAAACGUUGUAAAUCCAGUGGUUGAAGAACUGCAAGCAGCAAUCCCUGAUCAAGUCCCUGAGCAAGUAGCGUCAGCCAUCCCAUCAGGCGCGGUUGAAGCAAACGAACAACUUAUGGUCGACUUGGUCGUCGUCGUCAACAACUUGUUCAAAGGCUUCGUCGACGUGGAAACUAACUUGUUCGUCGGCUACAACGACGACAACCUUGUCUUCGGCAACACCGCUCACAGUCUCGGAAACGACAGGUGGAGCCAGCAUCAGCAUCAGCUGCUGGACCAGAACCACCCGUUGUUCCUGCGAGGAUCUACACGAUUGAUUUCUCUGGAAAUCAACUUGAUUGCGGAUGCGGUUCCAAGUGGAUCUCGGACUCUAGGUACAAGUACGAAGAUCAACUGCAGAACCUUUCCUGCCGCAACGGACAGAUGUCGCUCUUCCAACUCGACAUUGGCCACUGGCGUCGGCAGAGUUGCUGAACCCAUACAUCAGCCAAACAAAAUUUUAUUGACAGCACUGGAACGUGGUUGGACCUCCAUCAAGGAAACCGUGUCCAGCCUCAACAUUGGGGGUCGCAUUGACUCAGCCCUGGCAUCUGCUCGCAGUGUCAACGUCUCCUCAUCAAUAGACUCCUUCAUAUCCUCUCUCAAAAAUGCGCCCACCUGGAGUGAGGGCACCAUAAACAAGGGUCCUCCUGUCUCCGUGGUGACUCCCAUAAAGUGUGUAGCCUCAUCCAGGCCAGACGGCUCAACGUUUUCAGCCUCAUUUCUCCCGAAAAAAAGAACAAAGAGGCUUCUUUCCGUAACAGAUGUCGAGGACCCUAGUGUUAUGGUUCGACGACCUAUACGUGUACUGAAUUCAUUUCGUCUUUCUCCCUGUGGUCUUCGACCCGAAGAAGGAAAGGAGACCGUCCGACUUGUUGCCGUGAGUCCCGCACCCACUUCCUGA